AAACGAACAACCAUUAUGAUAUUUAGUAUUUUAGGAAAUUUGGCACCGCACCCAUUAUUCGUACUUUUUUUUUGUUUGUUUGUUCAUUAGUAUCCGGUACCGAGGGGACAGGUAAGUGAUUUAUCUUUUCAUUUUUGCAUUUUAGCUUGUUUCAAUAGUAGGCCCUCUGCGAUAUUUCUGCCAGCUAUCAUCAUCAUGCCAUUCAAAGCCGCCAUAUUAGUUGUUUUUUUGCGCUAUUUUUUACCUGUUGACGGGGCGCAUUGGCAUUUGAUCCGGUUUUUAGGAUAAUAAAAAAAAUGUAUUUGUACGUUCGGUGGGAUGCUGUUCGAUGCAAUGAAGAAAAGAAAGACGGUCGCGAAAUUGUGGAAACGAAAUUGUCAGCAACGAGAUCGCAAGACUCGUCGCCGAGGCAAUGAACCGGGCCGUCCAGGAAAUCCAGACCCUGGUGGCACUACGCAGUUCCCCUGUGUCUGUUGCUGCUCUUGCUGCUUUUCUUGGGCACCUGGAUUGCCAGCGGGGGCAGUUCGAACGAACCCGUCGCUGCACGAGAUGUGACGAAGACGGACGACAACCGCUACAUGUCUGACGCCCCCAAACCCCCGGCAGCCGUGACGUCAUCCACCACAACCAGUAAUCUAAUAGAACGCGUCGGAGAAAGAAUGACACUCAAGGCCCGGAUCGAAAAUGGCAUCGUCUAUUCCCCAUAUCCAUCGGAACCUGCGCCCGAAAUGACGGUUUACCAGGUGGUGAAACAGUGCCUCGAGCAAUAUGGCUGCCGAACUGCUCUGGUCUGUGACGACGAAGAGAUCACUUUUGCAGAGCUCCUCAAGAUGUGUCAGCGAUAUGCCGCUGGGUUCCAGAGACACGGCGUUAGGAAAGGCGACAAGGUCCUGAUACAUUUGGACAAUUCCGUGGAAAGCAUGAUUGCCAUGUACAGCGUCAUUUUUGCCGGGGGAGUUGCUGCCGUAUCCGAUCUGAUCUUGUCGAACGAUGAUCUUCUUUACAGAAUUCGAGACAGCAAUGCCAGCCACAUCCUCACCUCAGCCAGUGAAGCUAAACGAUUCAGCGACUUCCGUGACAAGCUGGACGUAAAGGGUUACUUCUCCGUGGGAACCACCCCUGGUUUUGUUCCCGUGUCCGACUUCAAGGAACUGAACGAAGACGCCUUCCAGGAACUCCCUGUGGCCGACGUCAAGAAGGAGGCCGUCGCACUGUUGUACACAUCGGGAACAACGGGUAGCCCGAAGGCCGCUGAACACACGCACUACAGCAUUGUGGCCUUUUUACCUCGUCCCGGGUCUCAUCAAGUGUCCGACGACCUCGAUGUUGUUGCUUCCCACAUACCUAUAACAUCGGCUUUUGCUUUUCGGACUUACCUGCGAGACAUCACCUCUGGAGCGAAGACUGUCCUUUUAUCGAAAUCUACGGACGCAGACAAAAUGGUGGAUGCAAUUAGAAAAUACAAGGUGACUACGGUGUUCGGGGGUCUACACUGGAUUGUGCUGCUUGCCAAGGCGAUUGAGCAGCGAGGAAUUCAGCUGGACAGUCUAAGGACUGUCAUUCUGUGUGCCGCAAAGGUCACUCCCCAAAGUUUGAGGCAACUCGAACGGGCGUUUGACCUGGCCAUCGUCAAAGACACUUACGGAACUACGGAAGUCGGACAGAUAUGCAGACCUCCCUUGGGCAAGUCCAGUUGGUACGGCAUCGGAUUCCCGUCCCCGAUGGUACAAGUUAAGGUUGUUGACGUCAAGAGUGGAAACGUACUUGGACCAAACGAAGAAGGAGAAGUGCUAGUGAAGACGCCACGUUCCAUGAAGGGCUAUUACGGACACCCGGAAGCUACAUCGCAGACAAUUACUCCCGAUGGUUGGGUACGAACAGGUGACAUCUGCUAUUACAACGAAGUCGGUCAGUUCUUCUACGUAGAAAGAAUGAGCGAGUUCUUUCGCUGCAUGGGCAUCCCAGUGGCGCCCUGCUCCAUUGAAAGCGUGUUGCUCAGCCACGACGGAAUCGAAGAGGCAGCGGUCAUUGGUGUCCCUCACCCACGAUACCAGGAAGCGGCCAUGGCGUUUGUUGUGCUGAAGAAAUCUUGUAGCAAAAUCACCGAGGAAGAGCUCCAAAACUUUGUUGCAGGCCAACUUGGAACCUACAUGCACCUUCAUGGGGGCGUGAAAUUCGUUGACGCAAUACCAAAGAACGCCAGCGGUAAAGUAAUGAGAAAAAAACUGCAGAUGCUUCAUCAAGACGGCUAAUAUCACUGACUGUGUUCUACAAUAAAACAAGGCUUCGGUCGGUUUUGAUUAAAAAAAAUA